AUGCAAGAUUUUCCUGGUUAUGAAGUUUCUCUUGAAAGUGCCAUAACAUGGAUUAUCAGGGAGUUGAGAUUACAUGGUGUGCAGAAAGAAAUAAUUGACCUAAGCCUCAAGCUUGAUGGUAGGCCAUUUGCAGGUGAGAACGCAAUCUUUACUAAAUACAGUGUAACUUAUUUCCAGAUUUCUUUAUUGUAUUUUGCAACAACUGUGUUGCACUUAAGAAAGAAAAACAUAGAAACAAAAUCAACAGUGAAAGUGGGUUAAAAAUUAUGACACAAAGGGACAUACAAUAGUGUCCAAAUUAUUUCUUAACUGUGACUGAAACAAGUUAAUCCUAACAAAACCCUGUGAUCUUUUAUUAUGGGUGUAGUCUUGGACUGAAAUAGUCUUUUUCGUCAGUAUUCUUAAACAUUUACUGUUCCGUAUCCAUAAUUUUCACUUGAAAGAUAGUCAGUCAUAGACAGUGCUGAGAUAAAAUAAUGUAAAGCAGGGUAUAUAAUAUAUGGGAGUUUAAAACUUGUUGUCCAUAUUAUUGUCGUCUGUAUUAGGGAGUAAAUUUUAGAGAAAAUACAUGUGCUUUUUGUUGCGACAAAUCCGUUAAAUACAGGUGUCUGUAUUAAGUUUGAGGGGGGGUAACAUCAAAGUGCAGGGUAAACAUAACCAAACACUUUGAACUCUAGGUCAUGAAGUGGUGCUUAAAUAAUUUUUGAAAUGCCUUUUUUUUGUUUCCUAUCAUCAGUAGGGCACAGUCAGGUCCUAAUGGAUGUAGUCCCCAAAGACACACCAUUCGUGUGUAAUCAGAGCUGUAAAUCAGUGUGCCCUUUAGAUAUUGCUAAUUGUAAGGAAGACAGGUAUGUUGUAUUUAAAUUUGAUUCAUUAGUCAAGUAGUUAUUUUUUUCCAAAAUAACUAGUUUUGUUAGUGAAAAUUUUUAUUGUACCUUUUUGACUGUGUAAUUUUUGGUUGUCGACCAGUUAUACAUGCAAGCUGAAAUAAUUUGUGGAUUUACAACAAAUUUAUCAUAUGAGGCCUAAAGGCCCCAGUAAAUGAUCAUUUUUGAAAAUUCAUUUACCGCAAAGGUCUUAAUUUAUUAGUGGGCCACUCAAACCCGACCUUUAUAUGUUUUCAAGUCUUAAGAACUAUCUGCCGUACACUAGACUAGCAGUAUGGUAUUUCAUUUUCCUUUUUUUUUUUCAUUUUAUUAAUAACUUCAGUUUACUGGUAACUUUAAUUUUGAUUAUUAUUAGGAAAAAAACCUAAAAAAGCUGAUUGUUAAUGUUAACAAACAAAAGGAUGCACUAAAGAAGAAUGGAAUCACAGUGGAUGGAGUGCAUUAUGCUGUGAGAUUUAAAGGUAAGUUUCACAUAAUAAUUAAUAAGGUAUUUUUUAGUACCAUAAUUUUAAAUCCAAAUACCUGCAUGUACAUUGACCUCUUUUCUUUCAGCUUGGGAAACGAGGAACUGAAGUAGAGUGUUGCUUUAUCUACAAAGCAUUGAAGGUAUUUGUAUAUAUUCCAAAUCUCUGAGUCAAAAAAUUCUACUAUGCAGGAUUUGACCUUACCAAUGACCAACUUACCAAUACACGCCAGUACUAUUAGAUUUUCAGUUUUGCUGGGUAAAAUUUGUUAGUAAAAACUAGCUACAGGGCUGGUGAAUAAUGGCUAUUUUUAUUGUUGCUUUAUUAGAAAUGUAAUUGCAAUCUUGGUCUGCCUACAGUUUGUUUGGAACACUUUAAAUAGCAUGUCCAAGGCCAAUUAUAUUGGAGGGUAAUUUACUUGUUGAGGCAUUUAGCCCGUGAUUAUUCAUGAAUUUCAGCAUUUGUAGUUGUCGUUUUGAAUCCACAGUAACUUCUAAUUAUAAAAGGCAUUCAAAACAAGGUUAUCUCAAUACAGUUAACCUCUAUUCAAAAAAUUAAAUUCCCUGGUAUAGUGAGUUAAUCUCUUCAUCCCAGCAUUUAUAGCUUAAUAAAGUAUGUUUUCUAUAAAAGACUAACUUUUUAUAUAGACCUUAUUUUAGCAAUAAUAUUUUGUAAAUUAAGCCUUGCCUUUUGUAAAAGGGGAAGUUCCACUGCAUGGAAAAGAAAACAAAAAGCUUUUUUUGGACAAACAUGGUGUUUAAUGCCCCUGUCUAUAAAAUGUUGGCAAUUAUCCUUGUCUUGUUUUCCUAGAGCACAUAUUAUUUUCCCAUAAUAAUAUAUCACAGUCUUCCUUUACUGUAGGUGUGUCAAUAUUGUAGGGGCACUGUCAUAAAAGACUGAAAACCUGUCGAGUAAAAUACUUGAGUUUGAAAUCUAUAAAACUGUUAAGUACCAGUCUUCAGGGGAGAUAUCCCCUACAACUAACAAAAUAAUGAGUCUUCUUUUUUCUAGUUUCAAAGGCAUCCGUGAUGACUUAGAGUUCCUUUUUGAAGAGGAUUUAUCGUCUAUUAAUCUCUGCGCCCUUCACUGUGAACUUAGAAAUACUGAACAGCUGUUGUCAUUGUUGGUUUUUUUUUGUACAAAGUGGGUUCACUUGAUGAAUGUGAUGCCGAAUUGGCAAAUUAUGGCCCUGAGAAUUUUAGCAGCAGAAUAA